AUGGUCAACAUGGCAACGGAGAUCAUUGCCUUUCUUCUAACCGUCAUUGGGUGGAUCUUGGUAUCGUCCACAGUGCCCACAGACUACUGGAAGGUGUCGUCCGUGGAUGGGACGGUUAUCACGACGGCAACGUUCUGGUCUAAUCUGUGGAAAACGUGCGUGACUGAUUCCACGGGGGUGUCCAACUGCAAAGACUUCCCGUCGAUGCUGGCUCUGGAUGCGUAUAUCCAGGUGUGUCGGGGUUUGAUGAUCGCUGCCGUUUGCCUGGGUUUCUUUGGUGCCGCUUUGGCAUUGCUGGGAAUGAAGUGCACAAAAAUAGGGGGCUCGGACACCACCAAGGCUCGUCUGACCGUUCUGUCGGGCCUCCACUUCAUUCUCAGUGGGAUUUGCUGCAUGACUGCAUGUUCCAUAUAUGCCCGUAGGAUCACAACAGACUUCUUUGACCCAACAUUCGUUGCACAGAAGUUUGAACUGGGGGCAGCUCUCUUCAUAGGCUGGUCUGGAUCCGUGCUUUGUAUUUUAGGUGGACUUCUACUGUGCCUCUCCCUUUCUGAAAGCUUCAGCUUAAGAGGCAAAUACUCUUACACAGGAGCACCGACAUUCGGGACAACACACAACAAGAGGACAAACAGCCUGCAAAUGGAGCCACGAGAGCCGAAGAAACACAUAAGAAACGCUUAUGUGUGAAACAAACUGGACUGUCUUCUUUCUUGGG